GGUAAUUCUCUGGUUUUUGAUAUGUACAGGGAUUGUGGAAGCAUGAACAAUGCUGUUUCGGUGUUCAUAGAAAUUUGGAGGCAGAGCAUUGUCGUGGAAUUCAAUUAUUGUUGGCUGUCUGCAGCAUAGGCCUUUGUCAUAUUCGGUCAAAUAAUUCGGUUAUACAAAGAGCCAGAUGAGAUCACUUCCACUGGCUUGCUCUCUGCUCGUAUCCAUUGUGGGUUUCUACAAAGAGGAAGAAAGCUUUUUGCUUACAUGUCAACAGGACCAAAUCACUUGUAAGGUAUAUAUUGGGAAGAAAAAACAUAUGUUGAGGGUUGACAGAAAAAGAGGUGUUGUGAUAUCGUAGUGAGAGGCUUGCUAGGGUUGGUUAGUAUAGUUGAAGGAAGUAUAGUCAUGUGGUUUUUGAAGAUUGUCACACAGUGAUUAAGCUGAUCUUAAGAGUGGUGGGACGUGAGAUUGUGAUGCAAGAGCUUCCGUACAGUAAUCAUCACACGGAACAACUGAAAGAAAAAUAUGAAAUCUGGCCGAAUAACCAGAGAAUCGAAAAACUUUUUUUUUUUGAAUCAAUAUAAAAUUUAUUCAAAAAAAAGUCCUUUUGGUACAAUAAAUGCAUCUUUAAGCAACUGGAGAAACAAGAUAUAUAUGAGAAGCGGUUAAUCGAUGGAAAACGAAGGAAUCGAAGAAUUUCAGCGACGAAACGGAGCAAGAGACUUUGAUACCAUGUUAGUUGAAUAAACGCAAAUGAGGAUGGAAGAUGAAAUGUGGAUAAGAUUUUUUGUUAUUCAAGUUAGUUAAGUUGGUUACAUAGAGUCUCUUAUAUAGAAAGAGGAUCCUGGUUUACCUGUAAAUUGUCCCAGUCCUUACUAAACCGGUCUAGUCAAUGUAAACCGGUCCAGAAGAUUCAAAAAUCGCGAAGCCAAAUUUCUCGGAAAGUUCAAAACUUUGUUUUGCUGCCGAUGCUACUUUACGCGAAGCUACGUUGAUUGUUUUACGCUGAUGUGACCGUUGUAGGAAUGUGGAGUCGUGCCAUUUUUCAACGAUUCAGGUUUCGAGCUUUCUCCAUUUGGUGCUUCGAGUCUCACGUUAUCCAUGGGAAAAGCUUCAGGAGUUACUCAGUUACUGUGGAGUUUCAGAAUCGCGAAGUUUUGAUAUGUAAUCACUUGUUGAAUCGAAGACUCGACGAGGCACGAGAGGUUUUCGAUCAGGUUCCAUCUCCUCAUGUGAGUCUUUACACCAAGAUGAUUUCGGGAUACACGAGGAGUAAUAGAUUGGUUGAUGCGUUGAAUCUGUUCGACGAAAUGCCUUUGAGAGAUGUUGUUUCGUGGAAUUCGAUGAUCAGUGGUUGUGUGGAGUGUGGUGAUAUAGAUACUGCAGUGAAGAUGUUCGAUGAAAUGCCUGAGAGAAGCGUUGUUUCAUGGACAGCGAUGGUAAAUGGGUGUUUUAGGUUUGGUAUGGUUGAUCAAGCGGAGAGAUUGUUUUGUCAAAUGCCUGUGAAAGAUAUUGCAGCCUGGAAUGCGAUGGUUCAUGGGUAUUUACAGUUUGGUAAAGUAGACGAUGCCUUGAAGUUGUUUAAGCAAAUGCCUCGGAAGAAUGUGAUUUCCUGGACGACAAUGAUCUGUGGAUUAGACCAGAAUGAGAGGAGUGGAGAAGCUCUCAAUUUGUUCAAGAACAUGUUGCGUUGUUGCAUAAAAUCGACUUCAAGAACGUUCACUUGUGUAAUCACCGCUUGUGCAAAUGCUCCAGCGUUUCAUAUGGGUACCCAAGUUCAUGGCUUCAUCAUCAAGUCGGGGUUUUUAUAUGAAGAAUAUGUAACUGCUUCGCUCAUAACGUUAUAUGCAAACUGCAAAAGAACAGAGGAUUCUCGUAAGGUGUUUGGCGAGAUGGUUCAUGAAAAGGUUGCUGUGUGGACUGCUCUAUUGUCUGGGUAUAGUCUGAAUAGAAAGCAUGAAGAUGCGUUAAAUGUUUUCUCCGAGAUGAUAAGAAACAGUAUCUUACCAAAUCAAUCAACAUUUGCUAGCGGAUUAAACUCUUGCUCUGCUUUGGGAACAUUGGAUUGGGGUAAGGAGAUACAUGGAGUUGCUGUGAAGCUUGGUUUAGGAACUGUUGCCUUUGUGGGUAAUUCUCUUGUUGUGAUGUACAGCGAUUCUGGAAACGUUAACGAUGCCGUUUCAGUGUUCAUAGAAAUCUUCAAGAAGAGCAUUGUGUCAUGGAAUUCCAUUAUUGUUGGCUGCGCACAGCAUGGGCGUGGAAAGUGGGCGUUUGUCAUAUUCGGUCAAAUGAUUCGCCUAAACAAAGAGCCAGAUGAGAUAACUUUCACUGGCUUGCUCUCUGCUUGUAGCCAUUGCGGGUUCCUACAGAAAGGAAGAAAGCUGUUCUAUUACAUAUCAAGCGGACUAAAUCAUAUCGAUAGAAAGAUUCAACACUACACUUGUAUGGUUGAUAUCUUGGGAAGAUGCGGGGAAUUGAAAGAAGCAGAAAAACUUAUCGAGAGCAUGGUUGUGAAACCUAAUGAAAUGGUUUGGUUGGCUUUACUUAGUGCUUGUAGGAUGCAUUCUGAUGUAGAUAGAGGCGAGAAAGCUGCUGCAGCCAUUUUUAAUCUGGACUCAAAAUCAAGCGCUGCUUAUGUCUUGUUGUCAAAUAUAUAUGCUUCUGCUGGUAGAUGGUCCAGUGUAUCGAAAUUGAGAGUUAAGAUGAAGCAGAAGGGGAUUAUGAAGAAACCCGGGAGCAGCUGGGUUGUGAUUAGAGGGAAAAAGCACGAGUUUUUCUCCGGUGAUCGUCCACAUUGCUUGAGAAUAUUUGAGAAGUUGGAAUUUCUGAGAGAGAAGUUGAAGGAACUGGGCUAUGUUCCUGAUUAUAGAUCUGCUUUACAUGAUGUUGAAGAUGAACAGAAAGAAGAGAUGUUGUGGUAUCACAGUGAGAGGCUUGCUAUUGCGUUUGGGUUGAUUAAUACAGUUGAAGGAAGUACAGUGACAGUAAUGAAAAAUCUACGAGUUUGUGAAGAUUGUCACACAGUGAUUAAGUUAAUCUCCAGAGUUGUGGGAUGUAAGAUUGUUUUAAGGGAUCCGACUCGGUUUCAUCAUUUCAAGAAUGGGAUGUGUUCUUGCGGGGAUUAUUGGUAGAAAAGUGACUUGGAAAAUUUCAAACUUUGACUUGUGAUGUGGAAAGUGACUUGGGAAAUUACAUUGAUAUCUGA